AUGGCUGACCCCUUCGAGGUCCGCAUGCGCUUUACGACGCAAUUGCAACAUCUAAGCGCAUCCUUCACCUCGUCGCAGAAGGCAGCCAACUAUGUCUUGAAACACAGGGAUAUGGGGGAAGACCUCCACUCAUGCAUAUUGGAGCAAUUGGAAAGGAGCAAUAUGAAUACCAGGGCCAACAUCAUGUACUUCAUCGAGCACCUGGCCGACAUGGCCACGAACGAGAACCACCCGGAGUUCGUCCACAUGAUUAAACGUGAUAUUCUUCAAAUCGUUGAUGCAGUUGCCCCUGCAGACGGCUCCGGGGCUGCCAAUGUGAAACAUGUAAGGCGUGUUUUGAACGGUCUUCAGUCGAAGGAAAUCCUGUCCCACGAAACGGUAUCUGAGAUCGAUGCCUGUCUUAAGGAACGAGAGAGCUAUCCGGCUCAUCUCCUUGACAUGGAACCGCUCGAAGAACCCGCCACCACAGAUACCGCAAAAACCGGAUCGGAUGCCACAAAGUCAAGGGUCACCGUUGACCGGAAACAGAUCGAACAACGUGUGGAGGAAGACCGAGAGAGGAACAAGCGAUUGAGAGAGAAUAUGUGGGCGGUACCGCCACACGACAUGAAGGAGUUUGAGAAGAUGUGGGAUGAGGUGAGCGACGUGGGAGACGAUGACUACCUCCAGGCCGCAGAGGAGGCAGAAGAGAGACGGAGGACUGCUGAGGCUUCGGGUCUCUACAACUAA